AUGUUGGCAAUCUGUAAGGAUUCUUCAGUGGCCUUUUCUGUAGGAAUUUUCUUCUUCUUAUUUUUGGUGUUCUGUGGAAUUGGGUGUAUUUGGCAGUGGAAACACCCUAACACAGUCCGAUUUGCCUUACCAAAAUUUUUGCAAAAGAGAAGAAGCAAGAAGAAAGACUAUGCUAAGACACCAUCCUCGAGUCCUCAGAUUAUCGUCCCAAAGUAUAAAAUCUCAGCUCAAUCACAGACACACAGACCUGCUCUCGGGGCAACGCACGUACGUGACAACUACGAAAAUGUGAAAACCGGUCCCCACAAAGCUAAAGAAGAAAGUGAAAAAGACAUAUACGAAAACACGAGGCAGUCAAAUUUUGAGGACCAUAUCUACGGAAACGAGCCAUCAUCGGACUACUGCAACUUCCAGAAGCCUAGAACUUCGGAAACCCCACAGGAUGAAGAUAUAUAUAUUCUCCCAGAUUUGUGA